GUACUCCUUGGAAAAACGUAUUCAAACGCGCUUAAGAAACCCAACAAGAAGAACUAACUAAAUUGUACUGUAAAACAGUAAAAAUAUAUAAUGGAAUUUGCAAAAAAAAAUGAUAUAUAAAUAAAAUUUAAAUAAAUCAAUUAAUAAACAAUUAAGACAAAUUAAAGAAAAUUUAACAAAAAAACGCAAGCAUUAAAUUUGUUUGAACGGUAUAAAAAAGCAAGAAUUAAGGUUUUCUGUUUUUAAGUGUGUGUAUCGUUGUUUGAUUUUACGCAUUUUAUGGCGCCUCAGUAACAAAGAAAAAAUAAAAUCAUCAUCAACUCCCCCUAAAACUAUAAAUAUAUCGAACGAAUGUAAAAGAAAAAUCUAUUAAAAAUGGAGAAACUUUCAAUAAAAUCAAAUAACAAAUCAACCAACAAAAUAAAUAAAAGUUUCCCAUAAUCUUCAAGUGUUAAAGUUGUGUGAUAAUAUUUCAAAUAAAAGAAUACACAAAAAAAUAUAUAAAAAAUCCUUGAGAAAAUUUCUUUCUUAAAUAUUUAAAUUUUCAAUUAAAGUGUAACGGAAAAUAAAUUGUGAAAACAUCAAAGACAACAACAGCAACAAAAAUAAUGAAAAUAAUCAAUAACAAAAACCGUAACGAAAACAAAUAAAUUACAACUACAAUUGUUAAACACCUCCUUUGCGCCCCCCACCCAGCACACAUAGUUUCUCUUGUUCGUAAGCGGAAACGGAAAACCCAAAUCGGUUGUACGUACUUAAUUAAACUGACAUUCUUUUCGGUCUCUCUAUUUAAACUGAAUGAAAAUAACUGUAACUGGUUGACCACAAAACUAACCAAAAAAAAAAAAGCAAUGUUAUUUUACUCUAUGGAUAUUUUUUGGAAAAUUUGACAUUAAUUACUUAAACCAGCUAAAAAUCUAUUCCUUUUGCAACAACGGUAACACAUUGAAACUAUUUUGUAUUUAUUUUAGAGUGCGUGCGUGUGUGUCUUUUUGCGUAUUUUAACCUACAAUAUCUGGAAACUUUUUUUAAUACAUAUAUAUGUGUAUGUAUAACUGAGAGCACCAAUCAAAUUUUGCAAAAAUGUGUCAGUUAAAUCUAAGAAAAUGUUCAUGUUAUCCAGCAAUAUUUAAGUUAAUUGACUUCAAUAAUGGUCAGCACAACAUUGACGACAAUUGCUGCUGGAAAAACAACUAGUGGCAUUAAUAAUUUGCAUUCAUCGACAGCAACCUCAUCAACAUCACCUGAAAAUUACACCACAAUUGAAACCACAAAUCGUGCACAUUAUCAACCGAGAUCAAACUCCUCUUCAUCAUCGUCGCAACAUCAACAGCAACAUGUUUCAUCAUCAUUAGCAUCGCCAACAGCUACAGCAACAACACAAAAUAAUAGUUUUUAUUAUAGUCGGGGAGCACAUACCAAUGAAGUCAAAACAGCCAUAAAUGGUAACGAUAAUCUUAACGAUUCAACUGAAUUUAACCACAACGCUAAAUACUAUCAAAGAGAACAAAUUCAACAACAACAGCAGCAACAACUGCUAAGAGAGCAGCAACAGCAAAAAUAUUUUAACGGCAAAACGACAAAUGGCGAAACCACAAAACACGAGACCACUACCACAUCAGCAACAACAACAGCAGUAAAUUUGUCACAGGCCUUACUCUCACCCUCACCUCCCAUUAAAGAUCAAAUAUCAUUGUUGUUUCCCAAGUGUAGACCAAAAACCGCCAAUAACAAUUCCAGCUUAGAAUCGUCACCCACAGAUGGAAAUUCAAACGUGACGAGAGAAGAUCUUACAAUUCGUUCAAAUAGUAAUUUAAAGUUGAAUCAUAAACAACAAAACGGUGAAAUAGAAAAUCAAGAUUUGCAACAGCAAAAUAAACUAAAUACAAACAACCAUUAUUAUAGAAGUGUAAAUAUAAUUACGCAAUCUCCUCCUCCCCACUCGGUGUCUUCAAUAUCUUCGGAAUCUUUGUCGUCGGUGACACCUAGAAUUUCAACAAAUCCUUUUCUCUGCUCCACUUUGCUAGCGACAGAAGAAACUGAAGAAAAUAACAAACGCAGAGAUUUGAAACAUCAGCCAACUUCGGAAGAUAGCCGUAAGGUUACAGAGCCAGGGACCGAAGAAGAAGAAUUACCAGUGCCUAAUUACGCACCUUUUUACUAUCACACCUCCAACACUACUACUAGUCCGCCAACCAAAGACUUGCGUAAACAUAACGAAGACUUAAGGGAAAGAUCUACUAUUACUACCAGUCCCCCUGCAAAGGAACUACUACGUAAACAUAACGAAGAGCAACGUGAGAGACAAAUUAACGAAAUGCCACGUAAACGUUCUCAGUAUGAGCGUUAUCAUCACAUACAAGCGGUUAAUGGUCAAAACUAUUCCCGAGAGGAAAAGCCCUACAAUCAUCUAAAUCAUGCGGAGAUUUUAAAUGCUGUGCAACAACAUCAACGUAAUGUUGAGCAUCAACAGCAGCAACAACAGCAUCAUCAUUCUCAGCAGAAUGGCCAUCAGUCUUCAAAUCAAAAUCCUUUUGUUAAGGAUAAUUACUGGGAAACGAGACAGAAUACUACACCAACUUCGACUGUCUUAAAUUCUCCAGACUAUAGUGGCAAUAAUGGUUCAAUAGAAAUAGAAACACGUUCCCAUAACAGACGCUCGAUAUAUCAACAGCAACAACAACAUCAGCAACAGCCGACGCCAGAGCUACACUUAUCACAGCAACAAUCCCAACAGCAAUCAGCUUAUAUAGGUAGACAACAGCCUCCAGUAACAUCACACCACAUAAGACUAGGACGUAGUCCAAAUAGUGAUGCUACAUAUCAAGACACAAACACAACCACCAACAAUACAACAGCAGCUAAUACCACACAAAAACGUAACAACUAUAAUGCGCAACAGCAACAACAACAACAUAACCCACAGAAAUCCAAUCCUUGCUCUGAAGGCCUAACGCCCCUAGCAGCCCAAUAUCUUUAUGGUAGCAAAACUUCACUACAGGAAUCAUCGUUAAAUCAUCAAAACGAUUGGCCCGAAAAGAGAGAUAUGCUACACGAUCGUUCCGAACGUUGUUUGGCACGAGAACGCGAUCGUGAACGUGAGUUGAGAGAACAGCGUAGUAAGACAAUAAAUGUAGAACGUGAACGUGAUCGUUACAUUAAUGCCGCCUUAGUAAGGGAAUCGGUGGGUGAACAGACAACAAAUAAUGCAAUUGAAAUACGAGAUAGACGUGAACGUCAUUCGUAUUCAGCACAGCAACAGCAGCAACAUCAUAAUUUAGCACAGAAAUAUCAACAACAGCAUAAAUCGGGUCAGCAGUAUCAACAUCAUUCAACAAAAUCACAUCAACAGCAACAUAAUCAAUCUCAACGUCAAUUGAACGAUGAACGUUUAGGUGGCAACAAUGAUGUGAUAUAUGACGAUAUGGCAGAAAGUUGGCAAAAUUUACGCGUUACUACCGAUUCAUCUUCACAAAUCAAUAAUACACGUUCUCUUGUAUCGGAUACAGCAAAAUCACACAUUGAUACAUCAUCCACAUCAUCGGCAGUGAAUUCUGUUUCGAAAAAAUCACAUUUAUUAAGUGAUAUUAAGGAUGAUAAACAUAUUGUGACUGUUGGUAGUAAUUGUGAUGUGGAUACAACAACGUCGUCAUAUAAGGAGCAUCACAAUAAAUAUUUGGAGAAAAGCCAUACGAUUAACGUUGAGACACGUCAUGGUAUUAUAGAAUAUGAAGGUUCACCACGUCGAAUUGGACAAAUGGGCAACACGAAUGAUGUGGAGCAUAUUCCAAGAGUAAACAAUAAAUUAUCACAAAAUCUAACAGCCACAACAGCGGUAACAGCAACAAAAAGCAAUCAUCAUAAUGCUAUUGCUAUGACAACAGCAGUCGCAGCAACAACAGCUACAAAUGCGACAACAAAUUCUCCUAAACAACACUAUGCAGCAAGACCAGGUUUUCCACAGCGUAUCAUAUCGCCACAACGUGAGAGUACACCACCGAUUAUGAUGCUAAAUUACAAUAGCAAACAGCAACAACAGCAGUUGCAACAACAUUCACAGCAACAACAAUUGAACUCUCAAACGCUGCCACAACAGUCACCAAAUACUGAUAAUAAUGCUGAAGAUACCAGCAAUGAUGUUUCGGAAAUUGGUACAAUAUCUGAUCUAACAACACCAGAGGCCAUUUCAACAGCUAACAAUUUAUUAGUUGGCAGCAGUGGAGUUGGCUGUGCUGCCAGUGUUAGCAUUGGAGGUAGUGGUGCAGAACGACCUCCCACACCACCUCCAAUUGACAAGGACCUUGAGAUUAUUGGUGUCGAAAGAGGAACGGCCACAACAACCUCUUCCCUAACAACUAGCUGUACAACACCAACAACAACUGCUGCUAUUGCCGCCGUAGUAGCGGCUGCCACAGCGAAUUCAUCAGCAACAACAGCAACCGCCAACAAUACCACAACAAUGACACAUUUAAAUAUGGCCAAUGCAUCGAUGACAGCAGCCACAAUGAUGAACAGCAGCAGUAAUCCCUUGAGUAUACCAACAAAGUCAUCAACCUUUGAUUACCUUUAUGAAUUCUCGGAAACUCGCAAGGUACUUGAAGAGUUCUUUAAGUGUCCCUCAAACGAUGACAAGCCCAUCAUUGAAAAUAGCAGUGAUGUCGAUAGUAUUGAUAUACAAUAUGAAUUCCAUACAAAUCUAGGACGUGACAUUGAGGAAGAUGAAGCAGAUGGUGAUGCGGAAGUUGAAGAUGAUGAGGAUGAUAUACAAUUGGACGUUGAAAAUGAGGAUGAGGAAGAGGAUGAAGAUGAGGAUAACAAUGAUGAAACACCACAACAUCAUCAACAUUCUCAACAACAACAAAUGCAGCAACAACAUUAUCAUCAACAACAGCAUCAUACACCUUUACAAACCACCAACAGUCAUCAUAAUCAGCAUCAUAGUCAUCAACAGAAUAGUCAUCAUCAACAACAACAACAACAUCAACAUCAUGUUAAUUAUCGCAAUCACUUGCAGUCACCAACACAAUUUUCAUAUCGUCCAUACAAUGAGAAUGGCGAUGGCGAGGAUGACAUUGAUGAUGUUGAUAUCAAUCAUGAUAUUUUAGAUAUUAACGAACAUGAUGAUUCUAAGCUUCACCAUCAUCAGCAAGAUAUUGAUGGUGAAGGAGGUGGUAGCGGUAGUAUUAUAGGUAUUGAUGAACACAAUCAUCAUAAUUUCUCUUUAAUGAAUAAUCGCCAUAAUUCACGUCAUCACAAUGCACGACGUCAUUUCACUGGCAGCCCGUUAAUGCGUGACUUUGAUUUCUUUUUGGAUUCGGCAAGUCGCAGUAGUUGCGAACAAAUCGAUCAACAAAUCGAUGGCAUCAAUCAUAAUCAAAUGAAUACAAAUUCCCGACAAAAUUAUCGUUAUUCACCGGAGACAACCGAUUAUGAUUCGAAUUGUGGUGAUUUAGAUAGUCUAUCUGGUGAAUUGAAUGGUGGCGUUUCGACUUCGUGCUCGAAUUAUGCAGCUAAAUUUUAUGCCGCCUCCGCUAUGCCUAUACUAGAAGAUGGUCUCUCUUCAGGACACACAUCGGAUACGGAAAACAAUAACCAAAAUAAUUUAUUAAAUCAACAGAAUUCAACCAUUCACCACACACCCAUAGGUGGUGGUAUAUCCAUGUUAAUGGACAUGAAACGUGUUUCAACUAAUAAUAGUAUAAAUAGCAUGAAUAAUUUGACUAUAACGGCUGCUGAAAUGGGAGGUGUUGAGAAACUUAGUACUCUAUCGAACAAUAUAAUGCAUGAAACGUCCGCGUAUAUGCGAAAAAAUGAUAGUCCUAUUAAUGGUUUAAUAGAAGAUUCUGGCCGAGAUUCGGCUAGAUCAAAACCAGAAAUGAGAGAUUCACGAGAACGGGAACUGAUAGGGCAAAGUCCUCAGAGCGCGAUAAGCAAUAAUAAGGUGUUUAAAAAUAUUGAUCCAGAUUUGGAUUCUUUAUACUCAAUAAGCGUUUUUCAUCGUAAUGAUAUGGUGCAAAUGACACCACCACCACCGGCUCCUGCUCCACAUCGUAAACCCAAUGUUCUCUCGGCUGAGCCUGAUAUUUUACAACCAACACCUUAUAGAGAUAUGACACGCACGGGCACGAACAAUUCGAAUUCGCCCUCUAAAGUGAACACUACUACCACCUUGACAUCGACUAGCAAUAGCAGUAGUAGUGGCCUACAAACGAAUACCUCGCCAAAACAAGCUCAAACUAUUAAACGUACAGCACAACCGCCACCAUUGCCAGAACGUAACGUUCAACGUUCUCCAUCGCCUGUGAUGAAUUCGCCCGUUUGGCUGUCACGUCAUCUAGACGUUAGUGCCAGCAAUAAGGGCCUAUUAGAAUCAUCGUCUGAAAAUCAUUCGAAAAAUUUAAGUGCUGAUGAAGAUGAUGUUGAUACUGACUUAGAAACCGAUCGUCUUUUGGGACACCAGAGGCUUGAUGAUCAGGGAUAUUAUGAUGAAAAUAAAUCGUGGGAUCGUAAACCAGCGAGAUCUCUACUUUCGAAAAUCUCGCCUAAACAGGUGCCAAGCACCAAAACUCGUAAUGGUUACAAUGCCUUGUUAUCAUCAACGCCCGAAAUUCCACCUCCAAUACCGCCGAAAAAUUCAUCCAAUAAAUUACUUGAUAUUGGGGGAUCUCUAUCAUCGUCGGAGCACAGCGAUAAGUCGCCCAUCAAAUCGAUUGACAUACAAGAUUGUGGUUUAACUUUGGGUUCACCCGGUGGCUCUGAGGGUUCUGGUUGCCUCAAAAAGGAAAUCGACAAUGGCCUUGGCGCCACUAGUGGCAAUAGCAGUACAGCCAGCGGUAAUGGUGUAAAUAGUGCAACUGGCAAUACUGGUGGCAAUGGCAGUAGUAUCGGUUCUGGUUCCGGUAGUACAACAGGCGAGAAAAAAGUUAAAAAGAGUAAGAACAAAGAAGGUGGUGCAGUGUUAAUUGAAGGUGUGCUAUUUCGUGCAAAAUAUUUGGGAUCUACGCAGCUAGUGUGCGAAGGUCAACCUACUAAAUCGACCAGAAUGAUGCAAGCCGAAGAGGCAGUUUCUAGAAUUAAGGCACUGGCUCCCGAUGGUGAUGUACAGCCCAGCACCGAAGUCGAUUUAUUUAUAUCAACCGAAAAGAUAAUGGUUCUAAAUACAGACUUAAAGGAAAUCAUGAUGGAUCAUGCACUACGUACUAUUUCCUAUAUAGCCGAUAUUGGCGAUCUAGUAGUAUUAAUGGCUCGUCGUCGUUUUGUGCCUCAAGAUAUUGAUGAUGCCCCAAAACCAAAUCGAACACCCAAAAUGAUAUGUCACGUCUUCGAAAGUGAUGAAGCACAGUUUAUUGCCCAGUCCAUAGGUCAGGCUUUCCAAGUAGCAUAUAUGGAAUUCCUUAAAGCGAAUGGCAUUGAAGAUCAUCGUUUUGUCAAAGAAAUGGACUAUCAAGAGGUCUUGAAUAGCCAGGAGAUUUUCGGUGAUGAAUUAGAGAUAUUUGCUAAAAAGGAACUGCAAAAAGAGGUGGUAGUGCCCAAGGCUAAAGGUGAAAUUUUGGGUGUUGUUAUAGUGGAAUCCGGUUGGGGUUCAAUGCUACCCACAGUUGUUAUAGCAAAUCUUAUGUCUACUGGUGCGGCAGCACGAUGUGGUCAACUUAAUAUAGGUGAUCAAUUAAUAGCUAUAAAUGGUUUAAGUUUAGUGGGCUUGCCGCUGUCAACGUGUCAGACUUAUAUAAAGAAUACUAAAAAUCAAACUGUAGUGAAAUUCACCGUUGUACCUUGUCCGCCUGUGGUGGAGGUGAAAAUUAAGCGGCCUGAAACUAAAUAUCAACUAGGAUUUAGUGUACAAAAUGGUGUGAUUUGUAGUUUACUUCGUGGUGGCAUUGCCGAAAGAGGCGGAGUACGUGUGGGCCAUCGUAUUAUUGAAAUUAAUAACCAAAGUGUGGUUGCUGUUCCACAUGAGAAAAUUGUAAAUCUUUUAGCAACUUCAGUUGGAGAGAUACUGAUGAAAACAAUGCCUACAUCUAUGUUCCGCCUUUUAACCGGUCAGGAGAAUCCAAUUUAUAUAUAAACACAAUUUGUCAACUAAUGUCAUCUAUAGUUAAAAGAACAAAACUAAAAUUUCUAGAAUAUUUAAGGUACAUUACAAACAAAACAUAGUCUCUCGUAUAAAUAAAUAUAUACUCGUACUAACUAAUUAUAUACAUACUAUAUUUAAUUGUAAAUCUUGGUCAUGUACUAAUUAAUACAUACAUAAACACAACACUAACAUUUACAUAUAUGUAUUUAUAUAUAAAAACAUACUAACAAACUAUAUAAAUUGUUAACUAAAUAAUUGAAUUAAGCAAAACAAUUAAUUAAUUUGAAAUUGAUUAGUAUUAAAAUAACCUUUCAAAAAAUUCUAACAAAUUGUGUUAACAAAAAAAAUCUUUUUUUUAAAUAUAGACGUCCAUAAAUAGAGCUAAAAUUUUCAAAACAAAAAAUGCUUCAGAAGUAUUACAAAAAAAUGAAUACCACU